GAUGUGUCAGUGCCAAAGAUAGAGGGAGACAUAAAAGCACCUGAUGUUGGCAUCAAAGGUCCACAGGUUGACAUCGAAGGUCCGAAAGGUGGAUUUGACAUACCGAAAAUCAAAGUUCCAUCACUGAACAUUAAAGGUCCAAAAGUGGAGGGUCCAGAUGUUGAUGUGGACCUUCCCAAAGGCAAGAUUGAUGUAGACAUAAAAACUCCCAAGGUUGACAUAGAAGGACCAGAAGUUGACAUGGAGGGCCACAAAGGAGGAAUCAAAAUGCCUAAAUUCAAAUUGCCUCACUUUGGAUUUAAAGGUCCAAAACUGGAGGGUCCAGAAGUUGAUGUCAGCCUCCCGAAAGCUGAUAUUGAUAUUAAAGCCCCUGAAUUGGAUAUCAAAGGACCAGAUGUUGACAUUGAGAGUCCAAGUGGUGAAUUAAAAGGACCCAAAAUCGGCAUGCCAAGCAUUUCAGGACCAAAACUGUCCAUGCCAGGUGUGGAUUUCAAUCUGAGAGGUCCCAAACUGAAAGGUGAUGUGGAUGUGUCAGUGCCAAAGAUAGAGGGAGACAUAAAA